GGAACAACCAUUUCGAAAGUUGGAGACAUUAACCAAGAUGGAUUCAAUGAUCUCGUCGUUGCGGCACCAUUCGAAGGAAAUGGAGCUAUCUACAUUUACCACGGCGGCGCAAAUGGUCUUCCGGCAAAACACAGCCAGAAAAUCAGCGCACCACAUAAUUCAUUGCAAGCAAAUCAGAUGUUUGGCCAUGGCUUGUCGAAAGGCGCCGAUGUGGAUGGCAAUAAUUACUUGGACAUCGCUGUUGGAUCGCCAAAUGCCGAAACCGUUUACAUUUACAAAUCGUAUCCCAUAAUCCGAGUGAAUGCCACCAUCUCACCAUUCAGCCAAGAAAUCCAGACGACCGACAAAUCGUUCAAGUUUAAUGUGUGCUGGCUGUAUGAAUCAUCGUUCCCAAUCGCCUUUGAUGUGCAUUUCAAUGCCACGGUUAGGCUCGACGGUCAAUUGGGUCGUGCGGUUUUUCAAGAUAAACGAAACCAGUAUGGAAUUAACAGCAAAAUCACGUCUGAUGAGCAGUGCAUUCUGCUCGAGGCGUUUGUUACAUUUUCUGCUGUUAAUAUCUUUCGACCCAUCGAACUUGAAAUGACACACCACGUGCUAAAUGACAUUUCCAACAACAACAGUGGUAGCAGCGAUGAUAACAAUGCAGCAAGUGAAACACAAGCGUUCUGUGGAACAUGUGUUGCAGUUAAUCCAAACGACUCGAAGACUAUCAAAAGCAAAAUCGUAUUCAGCACUGGUUGCAGAAACGCUCGGUGCACAGCUGAUUUGAAAAUAAAGAGCUCAUUGGAAAAUGUCCCAAGUUUGCCCUAUAUUCUGGGCAGCAGCUCGUCACUGACAAUGGCAUAUUCUAUCGAAAAUAGUGGUGAAACAGCGUAUCUAGCUCAAAUUCGAAUAGUUCUACCCGAAGCCGAUGUUCUGUUCACCAAAACACCAUCCAAUUGUAAACUCGAUGACACCGCUCCUAACUCAAAUGUCAUGGAAUGUGAUCUGAACAAUGGUUUUCCCUUGUACACAGGCAAUAAGACCUCAAUAAUAAUCAGUGUUGACAUAACUAAGCUCGACAGCAGUGAAUUAGUUAUAAGAGCAAAUGUGUUCAGUGCGGGAGACGAACAGAACGAAGUAGAUAACGAGGACGAGAAAAUCAUUCCACUGCAGAAGUUCAGCAAAAUCGAAAUAUUGGGAGAUUCAACGAAGAACCAGAUCACAUUGCAAACCGAAGUGGAAAAAGAGAAUGUGUCUCAUACAUUUGAG